AAUGUAUUACAUCAUUCUAGUGGCUACGGUUUUGUUGCAGAUUAUUAUCGAUAGCGCCAGCUCAGUCUUCCAUCACAAAGUAAUUCCUUGCCCAAAGAAUCCUCGCUACAGAUCAUUUGAUGGGUCUUGUAACAAUUUAAGAAAUCCUACUUGGGGACAGGCUGGUACAGCACAGAGAAGACUUAGGGAUAUAAAUGGGAGACCGAUGGUAUCAUACGAGGACGGAAAAAGCUUGCCAAGAGGUUUUCCGAAUAGACUUCCCGAUCCAAGACUGGUCAGUAAUGUAGUAUCAGAUCCUGCAUUAGGACCAUAUAAUCAGUUUGAUAAAAUCAGAACAGGGCAACACAUGGCUUUCGGGCAAUUACUGGCGCACGAUUUCAUAGAAACGGAUAUACCAUCAGGGUUUGACUGUUGUAAUAGAUCUGAUCCAAAUUUUGGCAACGCUGAUGUAUGUUUUCCUCUUGAUGUUCCUUGUGAUGAUGAACGAUUUCCAGCAGGAUGUAAAAACUUUAUAAGAGCAAAACCUGCAACAGAAGGUACAUAUUUGCCUUCAGCUUAUUGGGAGCAGAAAAAUCUAGUCUCCUCCUACAUAGAUGCUUCAUUUCUGUAUGGAAUCCAACGGAAUUUGACUUUAGAGCUAAGAGUACCUAAUAGCUUUUUGAUGAAAACAGAUCCAGGAAACCUUCUACCAACACGGAAAGGAGGAAAUUGUUUAAAACUAUCAAAAAUGGAUAAAUGUCCGUUUACAGGCGAUAGACGAAAUCACGAAGUACCAAAUCUGGGUUUAAACCAUUUGCUUUUUGUCAGAGAGCAUAACCGAUUAUCUACAAAACUUCACGAGCUUAAUCCGUGUUGGAGUAGUGAAAAAGUUUUCCAAGAAACUCGUCGAAUUAUCAUAGCGCAAGUUCAACAUAUAACGUAUAAUCAUUUUCUACCACUUGUUGUUGAUCAUGAUACAAUGAGACGAUUUAACUUAUUGUCCAAAACAAAUGGUUUUGAUCAUGUUUAUGAUGACAGUGUUGACGCAUCUUGUCUCAAUAGUUUUGGAAUAGCUGCAUGGCGUUAUGGACAUUCGCAGAUAAUGGCUGAACAAUCCGAAUUAAAAAAUGACUACAGAACUGUUUUAGAACAUAGAGUAGAAGAUUAUUUAUUAAGUCCUAAUUUAUGGCAACACAGCUAUGGAAAACGUGUUACAAGUCUUUCAAGAUGGCUUGCAACGGAACCAGCACUUAAAAUUGACAAUUUCCUAGUUGAAGGAUUGCGUGACAAACUAUUCUAUAUCACAACACCACCAGGUUCAGAUCUGUUUUCUUUAAAUAUCCAACGAGGACGUGAUCAAGGUGUUCCUGCUUACAAUGAAUGGAGGAAAUUCUGUGGACUAAGAAAAUUCAGAAGUUUUGACGAAUUUGGAAAAUUUGGCUCAAAUCUUGCAUUGGUAUAUAAGAAAGUAGAUGAAGUUGAUCUAUAUAUUGGGGGUCUUUUAGAAGAAGGCGAGAACGGCAGUGUUGGACCUACUUUUUCAUGUAUUAUUGGCAUUCAGUUUCACCGUUUCAAAGUUGGAGACCGAUACUGGUAUGAAUCAUCUGAUCCAGAUUUUGCAUUCACAAUAGAUCAGCUGAACUCUAUAAAAUCCGCUUCAUUAUUGUCGAAAAUAUACUGCACAAACUUUGGAUUAAAUGAGAUACAAGACGAUAUAUUCAUGAUUCCAUCUUUAAAGAAUCCAGUGUCUUACUGUAGAGACCUUCCCGAUUUAGACCUGUACUUAUGGAAAGAUAAGACGUGUGCAUGGGCCACAUACCUUAGUGGUAGUGGUAAUGGUCCAAUUGAUUGCUGACCGAUGACAAUAACUCAAAGAAAGUGAAUGAAUAAUUCAAACAUAAAUUCACAGAACAUAUUUUCUUACUUUUAAUUCAUUUAUUGUUUCCAAUUUAUAUUGAAAAUGCUAUAAAUUGUUUAAAUAUGUAAUAAGUGUUUGCAAUACGAUGAUUAACGAAGGUAAAUCAUAACCAAGAAAUAAAAAUCAGAAAGGAAUCAUUGGAACCAUUGGAUCCAAUGGAUCUACCAUGUCUUCUGAAAUGGUAUCUUACAAUUAUAGACUGUUUAUCUAUGAUAUUAUAAUACUUCUCCAGAUUUUAAUUAUGCCGAAUGUUCCUGUUUCAAAAUGAUACGUACGCCCUUCUAUUUCAUUUUUAACGAAGAUUUACGUGCUGUGCAACAAUCAUUUAAAUUUUAUUUACUUUUGUUUUCGUUGGUGGAUCUAGAGCGGAUGUAACGCACGUGGUUUAAAAGACUAAAUUUCGGAAUAUAUAUUUUCAAUGACUUAAAUUCAGUAUGACUCACAUAAAAGGCUAAAUUCCCUUAAAAGGUUCAUACCAUGCCAAUUUUGAUAUUUUACUUUUGCUUACAAAAAGAUGAUGGAACUAUCAAAAGAAUAAGUAAAUUUUAAAUUUUAAUCGCAUGCCAAUUACAAAUUCUGAUUUUGAAAAUAAACGUUAGGUUUUCUAUAAAUAGACUGAGGAAACUGUAAAAUGCAGAUGCAUGAAUGCUUCUUAUGUGAUUGAUAAACUUUUAGUGGCAAAUAUUUCAUGCAUAUUCAGAACAAGAAGAGAUCAUCAAUAAUAUAUUUACAAAUAAUUUCUUCGAUUACUGUAUUUCAAAAAUUAUUGCGUGCAUUUAUUAUUGCGAUUUUUGAAGAAUGGAAAUAAAUGCGAGAUUAAUUAUUGCAAUUUUAGGAAAAUCUGCAUGCAGCGGUAUGUAUAAGAUAUAAGAAUGUGAUUUGUUAUUAAUGCGAUACUCUCCCAGUCGCAUUAUUCGCAUUAAUAAAAACCUCGCAAUAAUUUCUGAAUAUACAUUAAUCAAUAACAGCAUAAAAAAAAUAUGUGGUAUGAUUGCCAAUGAGACAACUCUACGUAGAAGGUCAGCACCUAUAGGUCACCGUUAGGCCUUCAGCAAGGAGCAAAACCAAUACCGCAUAGCAAGCUUUAAAUGGCCCCGAAGUGACAAAUGUAAAUCGAUUCAAUCAAGAAAACUAACGGCCUGAUUUAUGUACAAAACAAUAAAUGAAAAACAAAUAUGAUGUACCGAAACAAACGAGAACCACUGAAUUACAGGCUUCUGACUUGGGACAUGCACAUACAUGCACAUACAGAAUUUGGCGUGGUUAAAUAUUUUUUAGUGAGUCCGAAUUUUUCUCCUUCUGUCCCGGUCAAUCGAUUUUGCAGAUCCUGCUUUUUGUAUUGAUUGUCCCGAUGUGGGUUUGAAAUUUUUGCCAAUGGACGUUAAAAAACACCGAUCAAUCUUCCCACUCUGUUCAUGACGUUGCUGUAUCAAAUCUUUUCAAAGGUACAGUCGCCGAUAUUAGAGUGUAGGACGGCAUAGUUUCUUUAACAUCAAAUUACGUACUUUGAGACUGCGUUACUUCAGUUUGCAUUUUUUUACAUGUUUUGUGUUGUCUUUUAUACCGGUAUCUUAGAGUUGAUUGCUUUGUUUCGACUGCAUUUUCUAUGCAAGUUCUUUAAUGUAAUUUUUUGUAUACUCCUGCUCGACUAAUCGAGAUUUCAAGGGAGAGAGUGCUAAAAAUCUUCUUGAUGUGAUUGUCCCAAGAUAUUAACCUCUUCGGUGGUAGUCUUUUUAAUAUCUUAAUUGUUAUUUAUGUAAUUUGGUAUUUUUAACACACCCUUGCCAUGAUAAUAGACAAGGGACUUAUAGCUUAAUAUAUUCUGUAGACAUUUGUCCAUUUUUAAAGAACGUAUAUUGACCUUUAAUUACACUUACUCGGAGUAUACCCUAAGUUUCCUUUUAUUCAUGAUAGAAACUAACACAAUCAAACAAAAUGACGAUCACAUAAGGAAAACCGAAUGUUGUUUCUUAAUACCCCGAAGAAAAACGAACGAUACAUUAUCAAGAUUCCUAAAUGUGUAGUCUUGGUUCCUGACACAAUAUUCUCAAUACCGUAAGCAGCCUUAAUGGUCCGACAUUUAAAGUGAAGCUAGAAGCAAAAUUGCAAAUAUUUCACCAGGAGUUCCUGAUGUCAAUAUAAAGUAUGUGUAAUCCCAAUACGAGGCAUGAAAUCAAAUAAUUGUCCACUACAGAUGAACAAACGACAACAAAAGUAGCGUCCCUUGACAUGUAAAAUAUCAAAACAUAUUUUAA